UGCCCGCUGGAGUUUUCUACACAUACCUUCACUCCGCUGCAUCUUCAACUCUCUCUCUCUGUAUUGAAAUUCAGGGAGAAAGACACACACACACACACAGAACCUGUAAAACCCUAGUUUCUCAGCAUAGGGCUGACAGUCCAAUUCCUCAAAAUGGCGUCGGUGAUUUUCGCGGACUGUUCAUCUUCUACCGCGGCGGCGACUCGGUUUCUGCCCCUGAGUCGACUCAGCGUCCUUCACUCUCACUGGUCGAUGCCCUUCAAGUUUUCACCUUCGAAUCAUAGCCUCCUGAGAACCAUCGUCGCCAACGGUCACUCAUCUUCUUCUCCCUCUGUUCUCACUGCUGUCAUGGCAUCUGCAACCUCUGCAAUGAUCAUUGAUGGAAAAUCAAUUGCAAAGCAAAUCAGAGAUGAGAUAACUGCUGAAAUAUCAAGGAUGAAGGAUGCUAUUGGUGUUGUUCCAGGAUUAGCAGUUAUCCUAGUUGGUGAUAGGAAGGACUCUGCAACUUAUGUACGCAACAACAAAAAAGCUUGUGAAUCUGUGGGGAUCAAUUCCUAUGAAGCGCAUUUGCCUGAAGACUCCACAGAACAGGAAGUGCUUAAGUAUAUCUCAGGCUUCAAUGAUGAGCCCUCAGUACAUGGCAUUCUUGUUCAGUUACCUCUGCCUUCCCAUAUGAAUGAGCAGAAAAUCUUAAAUGUUGUUUCAAUUGAGAAAGAUGUGGAUGGUUUCCACCCACUGAACAUUGGCCAUAGCAGCAGGCAACUCACACCAGUCCUCUCUGCAACGCACAUGGGGGCACCCACUCAAUCUCUCUCUCUCUCUUCCUUUUAAUUAAGUGUUUGAAUACCCUACACACCACCUCCCCCCACAUGGGUUGGUUCCCACUUUUCUUCAUCAAUAUGUUCACACUCUCUUCCACUUUCUUUUCUUUUCUUUUUCUCAUCACCCACGAGACUACUCACAUGAACCACCCACUCUCUCUUACAAUAAUUUAUCAUUUUUCCCACCCAACACCUCAUCAUAAUUUCUUCUAUCUAUAUUUUAAUAUGUAAGCAUAUACAUAUAUAUAAAUUGAAUUCCAUUUCUUUUCUUUUUUUUUCUCUUUCCUCAUAAAAACUAAAAUCAUCCAAGAUUGAUUUCUCUGCUGUCUAGGAAGGUGAGAUAAAUUGGUGUUAGGUAUUUCAAGUUUUGAAGGCUUGCUCACUCUACACACUCUGCUGGAAGCAAAAUUUCUGAAUGUGUAAAUCUCUCUCUCUCUACUCAAGGACAUCCACCGGGUCACCCACUCAUUUCUUUAUUUUUUUCUUUUACUUCCUUUACCACCACUCACCCAUGUGCCCCACGAUGCUCAGAUUCUCCAACCUAUAUUGUUUCUUUUCAUUACACUCUUGUUCCC